AUGUUAAGAAGAAAAUUAGAAGCUGUUGGAGAUACAGUAGAACCAUUUCAUUUUAUUUUACAUCCAAAAGAUGAACAAAGUUUAACUCGUGAAAACCAAGAUAAAGGAAAAGAAUUAUAUUCACUUUUAGUUCAACAUGAAAUUAUUCAAGGAGAUACAAUAAGAAAAAGAUUUCGAAAUAAUUCACAAGAGCGAGAUAAAAUAGAAAAGAUAAUUCGAAAUGAUCUUGAUCCUUCGAUUGCCGAUCCAUUAAUUAGUUUAUUAAAUAGUAAAUCUUCUUUUGAAAAAAAAGAUUUCGACGAUAUUGUUUGUUAUAGUGAAGAAUUAUGGCAAACUUUAAAUAUAAAUAGAAUAGAAAAAGAAUUACCAUGGAUAUAUGAAAAUGUUUGGAAAGAUUUAGAAGAUAAAAUAGAUCCACAACAAUUUGGUGGACUUGCCAAAUAUAAAUAUGGAGAUAUUAAAAGAAAUAUUGAAAGAAUUUUAAAUAAAAUUUUAAAAAAUACUCAAUUUGAAAAUGAUAAAGAAUUAAUUUUGUCGAAAAUUUUGUCUUUACAAGGAGAUAUUCGUUCAUUUAAAACAGGUUUAAAAGCUAAUUUAAAAGAUUUUAUAGAUCUUCAAGAUCAAGAAAAUGUUUCAAAAGAUAAAUCUUGGUGGGAUUGGAAUGCUUUUGCCGUUGCAAUGAUAGGACUUGUUCAAGUCAUUGCCGAAGCUGUUUUAGUAGCCUUUGGUUUGACUCAGAUAGGCAAUGCUUUAAUAUCAGGUAUUUUUAGUUGGAAAGAAUGGGCAAUACAAAAAGCAAUUAGCUUCGGUCUCUCUAUGUUGACUGCUGGAAUUGGAAAGUUUUUGACGGAUAAAAUUAUGGAACAGAUUCAAGAAAAUGUUAUACAAAAGAUUGUUAGUAAAAUAGAAGAAAAUUUAUUAAAGGAAAUAAUCGGUUUAAUAAAUAAUAAAGUAGAAACUCUUUAUCUUCAAAAAAAAACACUAGGAAAAGAUAUUUUAUUACCUCAACAAUGUGAUAAUAUUCGAACACGAGUUGUAUCUUCUUUAAGAAAUAGUUAUCCUCUAUUUGCUGAUGGUCUAAAGAAAUCAAAUUCAAAAUACGUUAAAAUGGCUGCUACUACUCUUAAAGCAAUAGAUAUCAUUAAUAAGUUGUGGACUGUAGUUCAAUCUGUCUUACAGUUCGAACAUGUCUUUAUAAUACUUUAA